AGGGCCGCCUGGUGCCUCAGAGGAAACUGGAGGCAGCGGGGCAGGUCAACUGGGGCGUCGGCGAUUAUACUGCGGCGGAACCGGCUCGCGCCGGGAGAGACCGGGCGGGCGGCGGCGGGCGGGGGCUGGGCGAGGGCCCGCAACCCGCGGGGGAGGCGGCGCAAGGCCGAGGCGGCGGACGCUGGAACCGGGCAUGAGUGCCCAGUAGUUGAGCGCCCGCGGCUGCAGGGCUUCAGAGGCGGCGCGCGCGGGCGACAGCAGCGACGUAGCCUGGCGGCCCCAGCAGCGGGAGCAGCCGCCCCAGAGGCCCUCGCGGCAGUGCGGUCGCGUCGGAGCGCUCCCUGCCUGCUCCGCGCCGUCCGCCCGCCCGGGGCCGCCCUCCCGCCCGGGGCCGCCCUCUCUCGGUCCUUAGCCGCCGCCGUCGCCGCGGCCGCCGCCCGGAUGAGCUCGUACUUCGUGAACCCGCUGUACUCCAAGUACAAGGCGGCAGCCGCGGCCGCGGCGGCGGGCGAGGCCAUCAAUCCCACUUACUACGACUGUCACUUCGCGCCCGAGGUCGGCGGCCGCCACGCCGCCGCCGCCGCCGCCCUACAGCUCUAUGGCAACAGCACCGCUGGCUUCCCGCACGCGUCCCCGCAGGCGCACGCGCACCCGCCGCCCGCGAGGCCCGGGUGCGGCGGCGGGGGAGACCGGGGCCCAGGCCAGGACUACUUCCACCCGGGCGGGGGCAGCCCGGCCGCUGCCUACCGGGCCGCCCCCCCUCCUCCUCCGCAGCCUCCGCCUCCGCCGCCGCCUCCCCCCUGCGGCGGGAUUGCCUGUCACGGGGAGCCCACGAAGUUUUACGGAUACGAUAACUUACAGAGACAGCCGAUUUUUACGACCCAGCAAGAGGCCGAGCUGGUACAAUAUCCUGACUGUAAAUCGUCCAGUGGUAAUAUUGGCGAGGACCCAGACCAUUUAAAUCAGAGCUCGUCUCCUUCUCAAAUGUUUCCCUGGAUGAGACCACAAGCAGCUCCUGGUAGACGAAGAGGAAGACAGACCUACAGUCGUUUCCAAACCCUAGAGCUGGAAAAGGAAUUCCUUUUUAACCCUUACCUGACCAGGAAGAGGAGAAUCGAGGUUUCCCACGCUCUAGCCCUCACGGAGAGGCAAGUAAAAAUCUGGUUCCAGAACAGGAGAAUGAAAUGGAAAAAGGAGAACAACAAGGACAAAUUCCCUGUUUCCCGGCAUGAGGCGAAGGACGGGGAAACCAAAAAGGAAGCCCAAGAACUAGAGGAAGACAGAGCCGAAGGCCCGUCAAAUUAACUUCCACCUUUAAAAUGUUACCACAGACUAUUAAAGCUAAUGUUCAACAUAUGCUGGUGGACACCACCUGUUUUCUUUGUUGGAAAAGACCUUACCUGUGUUUCAAGCUACCUUUAUGGCACUCACUGCUCUUGAGGUUUCUGUGCUUCGAGAGGGAUUUGGGUGAUUAAAAAAAAAAGUUUCCAGUACCGCAUAGAAGCAGCCCUUGAGCUGUCCUGUGUAAGGGUAAUUUGAUACUGACCUUGUAGCUAUAUUUUUAUAAUGAUAGUUUUUAAUGUCUGAGCUGGUGAUUUGCCUCAACAACCUAAACUUCCUAAUAAUUAGCACUAAAUAGUUGAAUAUAAAAUGCUUUAUUAAUCAAACAAGUGCACUUGAACUUUUAAAAUCUUUUCUUUAUGGAAUUAAAUUAAAAGAAGUCUAUUAAUUUUUAAAAAUUAUGCCUGCAGAAUAUUUACAUUAUAUUAUUUGAUUAAAAUGUAUUAUUUAUGUUUUUUUUCCCUUUUUGCUUAAUGGUUUGGGUGCCUUUUGUUUACUCCUAAAGGGUUCCUUUGAGUAUUUUGUAAAUGUAAUAUCUCGGGGAAAAGUCUGGGCCAAAUAUCCAAAAAGCACAUUUUAGCUGAAGAGUGUACAAUUCUGGCUUUUCAGCUUCCUUAAACUUCGGGAAACUGUGUUGGGCCGGUGACAAAAGUUUCAGGACAAUGGCAAAGUUGAUAUUUAAUCAUUUUUCUAUAGUCCAUACAAAUUAUGGCAAUUAAAUGGUCUAGAGUGAAUGAAUACUUGAAAGCAAUUAUAACAUUUUCACUCAACUUUUCACUCCUGCAAGUCGCCUUGUGAAAUGCCUCUCCUACUUUCGUUUUGAACCGCGCUUGUAAUCGCCUGAAACUGCUAGGUCUUUACGGCGCGGCCGCCGCUGUGAUUCGGUGUUUUGAGUAGGUGCCAUAUUUAUUUGUAUUCCCUGCGCCCGGUUCACACUCCCAUUUUGAGCCAGCUUGCUGUGCGCAUCUCAGAUGUCGAUUGGUACGUCCUCUGUUGUUCUCCAGGAAAGCAAUAGCCUCCUCUAUUUGAAACAAGCGCUGAGAGCAAACGCAGAAAAAUUCGAGUGUAAACAACCGCUCCAGAACAUAUCUAGCUCCUUAA